AUGAAAGUAAACCUAUCAACCACCAUGUUCACCUUCCCUUUACCACUCUUUUCUUUCCUCCUCUUCUCCAUCACCACCACCACCACCACCGCCGCCCAACCAUACAAACCCACCGACUACUUCCUCCUCAAUUGCGGUGGUGCAACCGCCACUACUGACCGGAAAUGGGACCCGAUGAACGUUCUGAAUUCAUGCCCUCCACCACCCCCUCCUUCACAUCUGCCCCAAACAACCGCGACCCUUCCGUCCCGGAAAUCCCGUACUCCACUGCACGAAUCUUCAAAAACAUCAUUCACCUACACUUUUCCGGUGACCAACGGCCCUAAAUUCCUCCGCCUCUAUUUCUACCCCGCCACCUACUCCCACCACAACGCCGACCAAUCUUUCUUUUCGGUAUCAUCCAACGGUUACUCUCUCUUAUCCAACUUCAUCGCUUUCCAAACCUCGUCCUACUUGCGAACCAGAAUCACCCAUUCCAAUAAGGUUCCCCACUUUGUAAAAGAAUUCAUCAUCUAUGUAAACCACACCGAAACCAUAAACAUCACUUUCACCCCCUCACCCGAAUCAUAUGCGUUCAUUAACGGUAUCGAAAUUGUUUCACAACCGGAAAACUUAUAUUAUAAAUCCAAAAAUGUGAAAUACGUAGGUCAAUAUUCUGGACCAGUAAUCUCAGAGGACACGUGUCUGGAGAAUAUUUACCGGUUAAACGUCGGUGGGGAGCUGAUCUCCCCCAUCCUUGAUACCGGGAUGUAUCGAUCGUGGGAUCAAGACGAUCCAUAUUUGUUCCCAGUUCGAACAGUAACCCCGGUUAACAAGACUCCGAUAGUCUACAAAGCUGACACACCGAAUUAUACAGCACCUGAGUUAGUUUAUGCUACGCAAAGAAGCAUGGGUGCUUUUUCUGAAAAUCGCAAUCUGACGUGGCAGCUUCCGGUUGAUUCUGGGUUUUAUUACAACCUUAGGCUCCACUUUUGUAAUAUUAUACCGCAAUACAGGAGGGAAUUUGCGGUAUUUUUUAAAAUUUAUAUUACGAAUCAAACGGCUGAAGACGAGGCAGAUCUGUUUUACUGGACUCAAGGUACUUGGUCUCCUGUGUUUAAAGAUUAUGGGGUAUUUGUGUAUGAUUUUGAUGGUAGUGGAAGAAAGCGAGAUUUGUGGCUCGCGAUGGGUCCUAACUAUGACUUGACAGAAUACCCUGAUGCAUUUUUGAACGGUUUGGAAGUUUUCAAGCUUAGCAUGAAUGGUAGUCUCACUGAUCGCGACUCGGAGCUCCGCCCUACAGUACCACCGCCGCCGUCAUCUCCCGUGAAAAACAAAACUCCGUCGUAUGCCGCCAUAAUAGGCGGUAUUGGCGGAGCAGUAGUACUCAUGCUGUCAACUUUAGGUUUUAUCGUUUUCCGGCGAGUGAAGCACUCCGGUGACAAGUCAUCCGGUGAGCAAAAAUCAAAAGAUAACCGCCUUCCGUCAGAGGUGUUGUGUUCUAGGCCAGUGAUUAUAAACCGAGGUGUUUCUGAUGAAGAGGUGAAUUUAGCUGAAUGGGGUAGGUUAAACUAUGGAAAGGGGACGUUGAAAGAGAUAGUUGAUAAGAGAAUAUGUGAUGAGAUUGCUCCUAAUUGUUUGAUGAAGUUUGGUGAGGUUGCGAAUAGUUGUUUAAGAAUGAAAGGGAGUAAACGUCCGAAGAUGGAUGAAGUUGUUUGGGGGUUAGAGUUUGCAUUGCAGUUACAGGAGGCGGAUGAGAAGAGAGGUGGUAUGGUGGGUGAGGUGACAGGUGGCAUGUCGGAAAAUCAAGAAUAUAUGUUUCCAAUGAAAAGGAGAGGACGUGAGUGUAAAUGA